AAAUAAAAAAGAAAAAAAAAAUGCGAAAAAACGAAAAAAAAUAUAUAUAUAUAAGAAAAAGAACUGUUUUUCCGAAUGCUCGCUAUUGAGCAAUCGUAAAGUUACGUUGCAUAAACUAUCUCUAUAUAUAUAUAUAGUCAGGUUUCUUGCUUUUUUUUAUCUUUUUUUUCUUCUUUUUCCCCCUUUAUAUGUUUGUUUUUAUAAAUUUCCGUCGGUACCGUAAGAUUUAGCUGAGAACGGGGAGAUGAUGAGGAGAAAAAAAGAUUUAAAAAAAAAAAAGAAAAAAAAGGAGAAAAUUUUGUGAAUUUUUUUACCAGCGUUUAAAUGUUGUACACUCUCAGCAGGCAAAAGGUAUAAUUGAAAAAAAUGUUCUAUAUGAUAUACAAUAUUACAUUUAUGUAAAUGAUGGGAUGCUGCACAACAGCGAGCAAAACGUUUAUUUUUAAUAAUUCGAUAUACAUACAGAUACCACACAUGGUCCGUGUAUUUACUGGAAAAAAAAGCAAAGAAAACUUUUGAGAGAAAUGUAAUAAUAAUAAUAAUAAUACACACUCCGACAGAUUCACUGUGCGUAAACCAUGUUUUCCUGAAACCUCCAUUGGUGUUUUACUAGGAUGAAAUAUUUCAUGAGGCGAAGUGUUUUUAAAUGUUCCAAACAUCAUCUUGUACUUCAAAAUGUUAUGCUGUAUAAGAAUAGUACAACUUGAGAAAAAAACGUAAAUUGUAAAGCAAUAUGGAGAGAGAGCGUGUAUAUCAAUAUAUUUUUUAUAUGCUAAUGAGACGCCAAGGAACAUGGGUCACGUUAUAAUCUAAUGUAUUAUUUAGACAUAUAAUGUCUCUGACUAUAUAUGAAAUAUUGGUUGCCUGAGAUAACUACUCAGCCUUUACACACUCAUUACUACAAACUUGCUUUUUCCCCAAUGUAUUUCGCUGCGCUUCUCUAUCGAUUUAAUGAUUUUUCAUAGUCAUUAAUCGUUUAUCAUUAUCAUUAUCACAUUAUCAUGAACAUUAUCAUUAUUAUAUUAUUACUAUUAUUAUUAAUAUUACUACUAUUCUUAUUCUUAUUACUACUAUUCUUAUUCUUAUUGUUAUUGUUAUUAUUAUUAUUAUUAUUAUUAUUAUUAUUAUUAUUAUUAUUAUUAUUAUUAUUAUUAUUAUUAUUAUUUUUAUUAUUAUUAUUAUUGUACGUACCGACCCCCCUUUAUUUCCUCCAAAGUUUGUCAACGCUAGUCUACGAAUAUCGAUAAUUGAAGUCUCUAAUUUUUGUUUAAUAGCUAUCGGCUUUUUUCUACCUUGUACCUAGGAAAUUUUAGUUUCUUUUUUAUAUGAAAUAUAAACAAAUUUAUGGUAUUAUACGUAUACACAUCUAUAUACACUUUUACAAACAAAAAAAAAUAUUUUAAUCUACAUACCGUAUUACAUAAUUAAAGAUAUGAAAUAUUUGCUACUUAUAUAUUUGUCAAAUGUAUUAUUAGAUUGGAAAUAUUUUACUAUAGGAUGGACAAAAUUAGUCGUAAAAUAUGUAAAUGUUCUCUGUUAAUCAUACAUUGUUUCUCAUCAUAUCAGCUCAAUUUGCCAUUACCUGUCAAUUUAUACGUGCUAUCCUAUAUUAAGAUAUUCUCAAACGAUAUUACUAUGCAGUUCUUUAAAAAAAAAAAAUAAAAAAAAAACAUGUAGAGAAACAUACAUUCUUAUCUGCGCAUAGGCUGCAAUGCAAUAAUAAUAUAUUGUGAUGCUCACAAAGCACAUAACACAAUUUACCAAAAUUGUAAUGUUUAAAUAUUUCAUGUGAUUUUGGAAAAUGUUAUAUCUUUUAUUUCCUGCCAAUUGUUUAAUUUGUAACGUUGUUCUUUGUUCUUUUUCAAUAAAGUAAGUAAACUGACCAAA